AAAACUACACCGACUACUAAAAACUAAUAUACAAUUAUUAUAGAGUAAUAACACAUUUAUGGAAGUGUAUGUAUAUGUUUCAAACCUUAUGGGAUAACUUAAAAGACGUUUGGGAUUUUGGUGAUGCAAAAGAAAUUAUAAAGAACUGAUUAUAGACUGCAGAGAAUAUAUAUUGUCCUCAGCAUUCUACCAAUUCUCCUUUGUGCAUGUCAAGAUGGCAACUCUCAUGUCCCUCUUGACAUGUCAAUUCCUGUCCUUCCUUUUGUCAUUAUAUAUGCCUUUCCUCUACCUUUUCCAUGUAUUCUUACGCAAAUUCCGGCGAGUUUCCGGCCACGGCCCGCCAUCCUAUCCUAUAAUUGGAUGUUUAAUUUCAUUCUAUAAAAACCAGGCCCGUCUCCUGGAUUGGUAUACACAACUGCUUGCAGCAUCACCAACCAACACCAUUGUUGUGAAUAGGCUCGGUGCACGUAGAACUAUCGUAACUGCUAACCCUGAAAAUGUCGAGUAUAUGCUGAAAACCAAUUUUAAUAACUUCCCCAAAGGCGAGCCUUUUACAGAGAUUCUUGGGGAUUUUCUUGGUUAUGGCAUAUUCAACGUUGACGGUGAGAUUUGGCAUAGACAACGCAAGCUUGCUAGCCAUGAGUUUUCAGCUAAGUCGCUACGAGAAUUCUACAUGAUCACAUUGGAGGAAGAAGUAGAAAAAGGGUUGCUGCCAGUUUUGGAGUCAUUGGCAGCGAGAAAAGAGGUGGUGGACCUACAAGAGCUGUUAAGAAGGCUUGCAUUCAACAUGGUGUGUAAGGUGUCAUUGGGGAUUGAUAGGUAUAGUUUAGAUCCUUCUCUACCUUCUCCACCUCUUGCAACAGCUUUUGACAUGGCGUCGGAGAUAUGUGCGAGGCGGGCAGCUGCCCCUUUAUUUGUAGUUUGGAAGAUCAAGAGAUGGCUCGGUAUUGGAUCUGAGAGAAGGCUUAAAGAUGCGGUUGAACAAGUCCAUCAAUACGUUGGCGGGAUUAUUGCUGAAAGGAAGAAGGUGAUAGAAGAGAGAGGAGAAAAUGACGGUGAAGAUUUCCUUUCCCGGCUUAUAUUAGCUGGCCACGAGGAGAAUGUGAUAAGAGACACGAUGAUAAGUUUCAUCAUGGCAGGAAGGGAUACAACUUCAGCUGCAAUGACAUGGCUCUUUUGGUUGCUAUCCUGUCAUCCAGGGAUAGAGCAAGAGGUAGUCAGAGAGACAAAAUUCAUGACCGAAAGGAAGCCAGAUUAUGACUCACUGAAAGAGCUAAGACUGUUGAAGGCAUGCCUCUGCGAGUCAAUGAGACUAUACCCACCUGUAGCCUGGGAUUCAAAGCAUGCCAUUGUCGAUGACCUGUUGCCGGAUAAUACCUCUGUCCGAGCAGGAGACAGAGUGACCUUCUUUCCCUAUGGGAUGGGGAGAAUGGAAGCAUUAUGGGGAAAGGACGGACUAGAGUUCAGACCAGAUCGAUGGUUUCUUGAACCGGAAAAGAGAACCUCAUUGAGGAAAGUAUGUCCUUUCAAAUUCCCAAUAUUUCAAGCUGGUCCAAGGGUGUGCCUUGGGAAGCAAAUGGCCUUCAUUCAGAUGAAAUACGUGACGGCUUCCGUUCUCAGCAAGUUUGAGAUCAGACAUGUUGGUUCACACAAGCCGGUCUUCGUGCCACGGUUGACGGCUCACAUGGCCGGCGGUUUAAAGGUUGUGGUCCGAAGGAGGACUGAAGAAGAUAAGUACAAUUAACUAAUUAAAUAUGUAAUUCAACGGUGCAUAUUUUAGACUUUCUUUUGAGGAAGCAUUUUUUAGAAUUGAUGGAAGGUGUAACAUGUCAUUAUUGUCAUCAUUAAACGUGUGAAAUAAACACAAGUAGAAAACUAUAUUAUAGGGUAUUAAUUAUGAAAAUAAUUAGUGUGUUACCUCAUUAUUAUAAAUAGUAUCCUUGCAGCAGAUUGUGCUGUAAAGUUUUUGGAGAUA